CAGGUUUGCCAAGUCAUGGAGCCCAACCAGAAUAACUGGCUUCGGACUAACUGGAUAGAGAAAGGUGAUGCCCAGAGAAUUUUUGUAGAACUGAAGUUCACCUUGAGGGAUUGUAACAGUCUACCAGGUGUGGUGGGCACUUGCAAGGAGACGUUCAACUUGUAUUACCAGGAAACUGAUUCAGAGAUGGGAAGGAGCUUGCGAGAGAACCAGUACGUUAAAAUCGACACGAUCGCAGCGGAUGAAAGCUUCACCCAGGGCGACCUGGGCGAGAGGAAGAUGAAGCUGAAUACCGAAGUGCGUAUAAUUGGCCCGUUGUCCAGGCGGGGCUUUUACCUGGCCUUCCAGGAUGUAGGGGCAUGUAUCGCCCUGGUCUCUGUCAAAGUUUAUUAUAAGAAGUGCUGGUCUAUCAUCGAGAACCUGGCCACCUUCCCAGACACGGUGACGGGAUCGGAGUUCUCCUCCCUGGUGGAGGUCGAGGGCAUGUGCGUGAACGACGCCGAGGUGGAGACCGACAACUCUCCCAAGAUGCACUGCAGCGCCGAAGGGGAAUGGCUGGUGCCCAUUGGGAAAUGUAUAUGCAAAGCAGGAUUUCACCAGAAAGGAGACGCAUGUGAACCGUGCGGUCGUGGUUUCUACAAGUCCUCCUCCCAGGACCUUCAGUGCUCUCGCUGCCCGGUGCACAGCUUUAACGACCGCGAGGGCUCCUGGCGCUGCAACUGCGAGGACGGCUACUACCGAGCACUCUCUGACCCUCCGUCUGUGGCCUGCACAAGACCUCCCUCGGCGCCACAGAACCUGGUCUACAACAUCAACCAGACCUCCGUUAGCCUGGAGUGGGGCCCGCCGGCAGACACUGGCGGCCGGAACGACGUCACCUACAGGGUUAUAUGCCGGCGCUGCAGCUGGGAACCUGAAGAGUGUGUGUCAUGUGGGCCUAAUGUGGGAUACUCUCCCUCACAGUCAGGAUUAGUGGAAACUUAUGUGACCAUCAUGGACCUGCUCGCCCACGCCAACUACACAUUUGAGGUGGAGGCUGUCAACGGUGUGUCGGACCUGAGCCGCACGCAGAGGCUGUUUGCCGCCGUCAGCAUCGCCACUGGUCAAGCAGCUCCGUCCCAGGUCAGCGAGGUCAUCAGGGAGAAGGUGCAGCAGCGCAGCAUCCAGCUCUCCUGGCAGGAGCCUCAUCAACCCAACGGCGUCAUCACAGAAUAUGAAAUCAAGUACUACGAAAAAGAUCAGAAGGACAGGAUCUACUCCACGGUGAGGUCCAAGUCCACCUCAGCCACAGUGAACAACCUGAAGCCCAGCACGGCUUAUGUGUUCCAGAUCAGGGCCUUCACAGAGGCAGGAUACGGCACCUUCGGCCCAAGAUUAGAGAUCACCACCAAGGAAGAGACCACAGCUGCGAUCGUCUCCAGCGAGCAGAACCCCGUCAUCAUCAUAGCGGUGGUGGCCGUGGCGGGGACCAUCAUCCUGGUGUUCAUGGUGUUCGGCUUCAUCAUUGGGAGAAGGUACGCUCUCGCGGGCCCCAUUGACUCUCCGCUCCUGCACUGCGGGUACAGCAAAGCGGAUCAGGAAGGAGAUGAGGAGCUCUACUUCCAGUUUAAAUUUCCAGGCACCAAAACGUACAUUGACCCUGAAACCUACGAGGACCCGAACAGGGCUGUCCAUCAAUUUGCCAAGGAGCUGGAUGCCUCCUGCAUUAAAAUCGAGCGGGUUAUUGGAGCAGGAGAGUUUGGAGAGGUGUGCAGCGGUCGGCUCAAGCUGCCCGGAAAGAGGGACGUGUCGGUCGCCAUCAAGACCUUAAAAGUGGGUUAUACUGAGAAGCAAAGGCGGGAUUUCCUGUGCGAAGCGAGCAUCAUGGGGCAGUUCGACCAUCCCAACGUCGUCCAUCUGGAGGGGGUCGUGACGAGAGGAAAGCCAGUGAUGAUUGUCAUUGAGUACAUGGAGAACGGCUCAUUAGAUGCUUUCCUCAGGAAACACGACGGUCAGUUCACAGUCAUCCAGUUGGUGGGGAUGCUGCGGGGCAUAGCGGCGGGAAUGAGAUAUCUCUCCGAUAUGGGAUACAUCCAUCGAGAUCUGGCCGCACGAAACAUCCUUGUCAACAGCAAUCUCGUAUGUAAAGUGUCUGACUUCGGCCUGUCAAGGGUGAUAGACGACGAUCCCGAGGCUGUCUACACAACAACUGGGAAGAUGCAGGAUGUUAUGAAUAUGAUCUUUACUCCAGCCACUGACCUGCAUUUUACUGAACAGGGUGGCAAAAUACCCGUCCGAUGGACCGCACCGGAAGCCAUCCAGUAUCGUAAAUUCACCUCGGCCAGCGACGUGUGGAGUUAUGGCAUUGUCAUGUGGGAGGUCAUGUCCUAUGGGGAACGGCCUUACUGGGACAUGUCCAACCAAGAUGUCAUUAAGGCUAUAGAGGAGGGCUACCGUCUUCCAGCCCCCAUGGACUGUCCUCCAGGCUUGCACCAGCUGAUGUUGGACUGCUGGCAGAAAGACAGGGCUGAACGUCCCAAAUUCGAUCAGAUAGUCGGCAUCCUCGAUAAGAUGAUCCGCAAUCCCAACACAUUGAAAACACCAGUGGGAACAUGUACAAGACCAAUUAGUCCACUGUUAGAUCAGAGCACACCAGACUUCACUGCUUUCCGCUCAGUGGGAGAGUGGCUGGAAGCCAUCAAGAUGGAGCGAUACAGAGACAACUUCACAGCGGCUGGCUACAGUUCCUUGGAGUCUGUGGCCAGAAUGUCAAUCGAGGACGUGAUGAGCUUGGGGAUCACGCUGGUGGGACAUCAGAAAAAGAUCAUGAGCAGCAUACAGACUAUGAGAGCCCAGAUGCUGCAUCUUCACGGCACAGGUGUUCAGGUGUGA